AUGACUCUCAUUAUACGUUAUGUGGAUGUUUCUACAAGUCAAAUAAAAAUUGAAGAGUUUUUUGCAGAACUUUUGAAAGUCUAUGACACAACAUGUCAAAGAUUGUUUGAGGAAUUACAAAGUAUAUUGGAAACUCUUGGUUUAGAUAUUAAUAAUGUAAGAGGACAAGGAUAUGAUAAUGAAUCUAACAUGAAAGGUAAACAUCAAGGUGUACAAAGAAAAUUAUUACAUGUUAAUCCUAGAGCAUUAUACACACCAUGUGGUUGUCAUAGCCUUAACUUGACACUUUGUGAUAUUACAAAUUCUUGUACUAAAGCUAAAGAAUUUUUUGGAGUGUUACAACGUAUUUAUACUAUAUUUUCUCAUUCGAAAAAACAUUGGAAAAUUCAUAGAGACAAUGUGAAAGGUGUAACUAUUAAACCAUUGUCACAAACACGUUGGAAAAGUAAUGUGAAUAGUGUAUAUGCAAUUAAAUCUCAAACUUCAGAUGUAAGAGAAACACCACUUCAACUAGUUGAACAAGAUAAUGAUCCCAAAAUUAAUAGUAAAGUCGAAUCUUUAGUAACUCAUAGAAUUGGAAACUUUGAAUUUUUAGUAGCUAUGAUUAUUUGGUUUGAAUUGUUAACUGUUGUUAAUGAAAUUAGCAAAAUUUUAAAUAAAAAAAAAGACAUGCGUAUUGAUGUGGUGAUAGAACUAGUAAAAGGUUUGAUCAAGUAUUUGAAAAAAUAUAGAAAAUCUAGAUUUAUAAAUGUUAAGGCCCGUGCUAAAAAGAUUAGAAAUGAAAUGGAGAUUGAAUGUGUGUUUAUUCAAAAACGUGAAAUUCAUAGAAAACAACAUUAUGAUGAAAAUCCAUCUCAACCCACAUAA